UAUUGCACUAACUUAAGCAACACAAAAAGUGAAAACAAGACCAAUUCACUAAGAAAGAAAUCUUGAUAACAAUAUCCUGUGAUAGAGAUUCUCUUUCUGAAUUUGUUCUAGUGUCCCUAAUGGCUGGCACAACUAUAACAUCUUCAUCAGCGUCUCCUUUAGUGUCAAAUGUUGCAACUUAUAGGACUAACAACAAGAUAGCUGCACCUUGCUCUGUUUUCUUUCCAUCUGCAUGCAACAUACGAAGGCCAGCGCCUAGGCUGGUAGCUCAGGCCACUGGAGAUAACAAAGAUACAUCAGUGGACGUUCAUGUCAGCAGUGGUCAAGGAGGAAACAACCAAGGCACUGCUGUUGAACGCCGUCCUAGGAGGAUGGCUCUUGAUGUCUCCCCUUUUGGAAUGUUAGAUCCAAUGUCACCCAUGAGAACAAUGCGGCAGAUGAUGGACACUAUGGACAGACUAUUCGAAGAUGCCCUUACAUUCCCAGGAAGGAACAGGGCAGCAGCUGGGGAAAUACGCGCUCCUUGGGACAUCCAUGAUGAUGAAAAUGAAAUCAAGAUGCGUUUCGACAUGCCUGGGCUUUCCAAAGAAGACGUGAAAGUAUCCGUGGAAAAUGACAUGCUUAUCAUUAAAGGCAAACACAAAAAGGAAGAAGGCGGAAAUGAUGAACACUUCUGGGGCAGAAAUUACAGCUCCUAUGACACUCGUUUAGCUCUCCCGGAUAAUGUCGAUACAGAUAAAAUUAAAGCAGAAUUGAAGAAUGGAGUUCUUUUCAUCUGGAUUCCUAAGACCAAAGUUGAGAAGAAGGUGACUGACGUGCAGAUCAACUAAAUUAAAAGCUCCCAAGCUUUUAUUUUUUAUAAGGCUCUUUUGUAACCUUCUCUAAAUGUAAGUUUGCAUAUAUAAAAAUAUGAGUUCAAUCUGAGUUACAA